GAACAGGACAGACAGGAGGAACAGGAUAGACAGGAUGAACAUCACAGACAGGAGGAACAGUACAGACAGGAAGAACAGGAUAGACAGGAAGAACAGGACAGACAGGAGGAACAGGACAGACAGAGGGAACAGUAUGGACAGGAGGAAGAGGACAGUCAGGAGGAACAGCAAGGGCACACCUUGCCGGAGGAGGUACUAGAUGAACAUGAAAAGCCUGAUUGGUCACCUGAUGAGAUUGUGCAAAGCUGGACCCAUCCGGACUGGGUGGAUCAGGAUCAGCAGGCCCACGUGACUACACCAAGUGCUACUUCUUUUCCUGACUGGUUAGAGGAUGAGACCACGCCCAGACCUACGGCUCCUCCCACUCCUCCACCUGAGGAUUAUUUGUGGUCCUUAUUGGGGUACACCUUCCCCCCAUGGGCUCCAGAGGAGAGCAUCGAGCGUCAGGAGACCCCAGAACCUCAGUCCGAGGAAGGUUCCCACUCACAGUUCGAAAACGGGGAAGCCGCACCCACGUGGUACCCUACCUCCGGUCCCCAGGUGGAGGGCGGGGUCAUCUUCGACAACGGAUUAGGAGACGGGGACGAGGCGGCCCCGGGCCCCUUCACUCCGGAGCCUGGCGCUGACGACCCCCCCCACAACGACGGCAGCAAACAGCAGAGCAACAUGUGGCUGCUGAUUGCCCUCCUGGUGCCGUUCUGCAUCUUUCUGGUGGUGAUGGUGGUGCUGGGGAUUGUCUACUGCACCCGCUGUACCGCCCGGGCACGCAACAAGGACAAUAAAGACUGCUACCACUGGAUCUCUGGUGCCAAUGACAAGCCAGGGGCCCCCGGUGCUGCCGCCAAGGUGUAGAUGGCCCAGUCCUAGGGCCGGUGGUGGAGACUGCGCAUAAAACUAUAUUUUUAAA